AUGGAUGUUUCUGAUUGUUACAAAAAUGCCUUGCUUUUUUCAAAUUUAGGAGAAUAUGGCAAAAAAAGCGGUCGUAGUAAAAAAUGGAGGGAGAAGCUGAAGCUGCCCCCCGUCAGCCAGUGCAGCAAGCUUCGACAUUCGAUUGAGAAGGACUAUAGCAGUCUUUGUGACAAGCAGCCAAUUGGAAGGCUUCUCUUCAGGCAGUUCUGUAAUACAAAGCAUGAUCUAAAGAGGUGCAUUGAAUUCCUGGAUGCGGUGGCGGAAUAUGAAGUGGCUGCAGAUGAGGACAGAAGAGACUGUGGCCGCCUGGUCUUAGACACAUUCUUCAUUGAAGAGAGUUCGGCAACCCCUCUACCAGAAAUACCGGCCCACGUCGUGCAGGAGUGCCGACUACAGCUGCAGGAGGACCCUUCCAAAGACAUCUUCAAGGAGGGCACUCGAAUUGUCCAUGACUAUUUUAGUGGAGAAUCAUUUGAAGAAUACCAAGAAAGCUCAUAUUUUUCUCGAUUUUUACAGUGGAAAUGGCUGGAAAGGCAACCAGUAACAAAGAACACAUUUAGACAUUACAGAGUUCUAGGAAAAGUCAGAUUUGGAGAG